AUGAGCAAGGCUUUGCUUGCCUUUGUAUGGGUUGCUGGUCCUCUGACUGGGACCCUUGUACAGCCUUAUAUUGGCAUUCGAAGUGAUAAUUGCCGGAUUUCUUGGGGGCGACGAAAGCCUUUUAUGGUUUUCGGUGGCUUGGCUACUGUCAUUUGUUUGUUAGUGCUCGCGUGGAUACGAGAAAUUACCAACGGUAUUCUCGGUUUGUUUGGAGCGGAUGCGAAAUCAAAGGGCGUGCAAAUCACUACGAUUGUGAUUGCGACAAUUUUGAUGUAUUGUCUAGAUUUCGCUAUCAACACAGUUCAAGCAGCUAUCAGGGCUUUUAUUGUUGAUUGUGCUCCAGCACAUCAGCAGGAAUCAGCAAAUGCCUGGGCUGGUCGACUAACUGGGGCCGGUAACAUUUUAGGAUAUAUCCUUGGUUAUAUGGACCUGCCAAAAGCGUUUCCUUUUCUAGGUAACACUCAAUUCAAAGUCCUUUGCGUCAUCGCAAGUUUCUCCCUUGCCACUACCUUGUUGAUCAGUUGCACCUUUAUCAAAGAACGGGACCCGCGACUAGAGGAGAGAUCAUCGGCCGGAAACCCGAAUUUGAUUUCGUUCUUCAGACAAGUUUUCAGAUCGGCUCGUAUGUUACCACCGCAAAUACGGAAAGUGUGCGAGAUCCAGCUUGCAGCCUGGAUUGGGUGGUUUCCAUUUCUUUUCUAUUCAACCACCUACAUCGGGCAACUAUACGUUAAUCCGAUAUUUGAAGAUCAUCGCGACUUCUCUGAUGAUGAUAUUAAUAAAACAUGGGAGGAUGCUACAAGAAUCGGAGCUUUUGCACUGCUUAUUAACGCAAUUAUCAGCUUUGCGUCAAAUAUCAUCUUGCCAGUUCUGAUUGUCCCGUCUUACAAAAGAAUCCGCGUACCAGCGGAUCUCAAUAAUGGGACUCCGCCACAAGACAGCCCGCCAGAGCUUCAGCGAAGAGGAUCUUCAUCCGGUUUACAAGAAGGUGCCGCAUCGGAGCCGCUGUUAGAAGGAAACCCGGCAGUUAGCAACGAGGAUGAGAAGCCGAGUAUCUUCACGAAACUUCAGAUUCCUGGUCUGACUUUGCGUCGCACUUGGCUGAUAUCUCAUGUCCUCUUUGCACUCUGUAUGUUCACUACGUUUUUCAUCACUUCCUACCAGGCAGGGACUGUGGUGAUAGGAAUUAUCGGCAUUUCCUGGGCUAUUACUUUGUGGGCACCAUUUGCUCUUAUAUCUGCAGAAGUAGCCCAACGUGCCGCUGAAAAGCAAAUAUUACGAUUACAGGUUGAGAUCGAGCCAACAACUCGGGCUCCCGAGUUAGAUGCUAUGAAUGAAGCCGACGAAGAUAUCGAGACUGCUCCAAAGGCCCCGGAUGAUUCGGCCACAGACCAAGCUGGAAUUGUACUCGGUUUGCACAAUGUUGCGAUUUCUUUCCCACAAUUCUUUUCAACGCUGAAGCCUCGCGGCGAACCAUGGGAUGACAGCAGGGCCGCAGAUGAUUCAGACCCCGAAGAUGACGCACCUGAGCCCGAAAAGAAGGAGUUUUUCAGCUCCUGGGCGCUGUUUAUUCUUAUUAUGCUCUUGAUUAGCGCCCUCUUCACUAGUUAUAUUCUCCAACAACGGAAAAUCCAAGCUGUGCAUGAAACAGUGCUGUCGAUUUUUGGAGGAAUGUUUGUUGGUCUGAUUAUUCGCCUGAGUCCUACGUCGCCUAUUCAAGACAGUGUUACGUUUGAUUACCAGUUCUUUUUCAACUUGCUACUUCCUCCGAUUAUUUUGGCGUCGGGAUACGAACUACACCAAGCGAAUUUCUUUCGCAAUAUUGGAACUAUCCUUACUUUCGCUUUUGCCGGUACUUUUAUCUCCGCGAUCGUGCUGGGUCUGAUCCUCUACCUAUGGACGCGAAUUCCACUUGAUGGUCUCAACAUCUCCCUAGUCGAAGCUAUUUCUGUCGGCGCAACUCUUUCUGCAACGGAUCCAGUUACCAUCCUCGCUAUUUUCAAUCUCUACAAGGUGGAGCCAAAGCUGUAUACCGUGAUUUUUGGUGAGUCUAUUUUGAACGACGCUGUCGCUAUUGUCUUGUUCGAGACCGCGCAGAAAUAUGCCGAGAAUGAUGCCGCGAAACUAUCCGUGCUCAAUCUGUUUGAGGCUAUUGGGCUUUUCUUGUUGGUGUUCUUUGGCAGCAUGUUAGUUGGGAUUAUUGUUGGAAUUGCCACUGCGCUAGGUCUGAAAUAUACUCUCGUCCGUCGUAUGCCGAAGAUAGAGAGCUGUCUUAUUAUCUUGAUUGCAUAUGCCAGCUACUUUUUCUCGAACGGAGUGCACCUUUCCGGUAUUGUGUCACUUCUGUUUUGCGGAAUCACAUUAAAACAUUACGCAUACUACAACAUGUCUCGGAGAACGCAACUUACUACCAAAUACCUGUUCCAAGUCAUGUCGCAGUUGAGCGAAAACUUUAUUUUCAUCUACCUGGGACUAGACCUUUUUGUUGAGACCGAUCUCCAGUUUAAACCACUAUUUAUUAUUGUCGCCGUUGUCGGUAUCUGCGUUGCUCGAUACCUUUCGGUGUUCCCGCUGUCCAAGGCUGUUAACUGGUUUAUUCGGUACCGAGCCCGACGACGUGGUCAAGAAGUAGCUGAUGAGCUGCCAUUCUCAUACCAGGCAAUGCUUUUCUGGGCAGGAUUGCGUGGUGCAGUUGGUGUGGCGCUCGCGGCUGGUAUUUCAGGAGUCAAUGGACCGGCGUUACGAGCUACCGUUCUCGUUGUGGUCGUGUUGACUGUCAUUAUCUUCGGAGGCACCACCGCCCGAAUGCUGGACAUUCUCGGGAUACGUACUGGUGUGGUGGAAGAAGUCGAAUCUGACGACGAAUUCGAUAUUGAAGUUACCCACGGUGGCACAUACUAUAAGAGAGCAAACAACUCUGGCAUAGGCUAUACCCCGCGCCGCAACGACCGCACAAUUCCACUCGAUAAUGUUGGCGACCGUCCAGGUCUUCCAGCAACAGACAGCUACUCUAGUGGCAACAAUCGUCGCCCAAGCCCACCCUCUCGCACACGGGGCUCCACUCGUAAGGGCAGUCUGUUCCAUUCAAAGGACCGAGAUGCCCGCCGAGACCAGUUCGCCACCCAAGGACUCUUAGGGGUGAGCAACGGAAGCCGAAGCGAGAGCGACAUAGCCAGCGACGAAGACAUCGCAGCCGUGCGCCACCAACGCGGUCGUCUUCAAACAACCGCUCACCAAGCAACCGUUGAUGAUCCGCUCGAUGAUUUUGACCUUGACGUCGACGCGGUAUCCGACGACGACCUGCCCCCAGCAGCUCCAUCGACAUCGCGACUCCGCCGCUCUCCUUCUCAGCCGCAGAGCAACCCAAUCACAUCAUCGAGUGCGUCCCCUGCUGGCCGCGUCGUCGAACCCGGGCCACAUCGCGAGCCGAUAACGGCUAGAAACGCGCUUCGAGAGUUAUUCUCUGGCGGACCGACUGGUGACCAUGCAGAAUGGUUCCGGCAGCUAGACGAAGACUUUAUCAAACCCACACUACUCCUUGACCAGUCCAACCACAAGGGCCCCGGGGCGGUUUAA